UAGCACGCUGGGUUAAUAAUAGGAGCACGGUUGUCAAGCUAUUUCAGAAGGGGGGAGUGUCGGCCUAUUCUCAUUGGAUCCGUUUUAUCCGCGAGUAUCUCAUGAAGUGCGAGUGGGAGGAGAAUUUCCAGCAACGGAGGAUAUCAAAAAUAAACCCCCUCAUGUCCAAGGAAGAGCAGAAAGUAUAAAUACCCCCGAUGUGUCCGGACUGCAGCGGUGCUGGUGAGUGGUACAACAAGACUUAGCCUGGUUAGGGAAUUAUAAACGACAACUCAGACAGACUGAAAUGAAAUACCAGACAUACUUUGACCAAGACUGAUUUAACAGCACUGGGAAACACUUUUAAUUUGAAAAGAUCUCUGAUUUCAGAAGAUACUCUUUCGAUUGGAGAAGACGCGCCGCUUACCAGAGAUAAAGGACAUACAUUUGAAUAAAUUCUUUAUUUUUUCCGCUCUUGAGUGCAAUUUCCAUUGCAGAAGAUGUGUUCCACUGUGUGUUUGAUCUUUUUACUCCUGUGCGUAAUGAACGCGGCACUUUCCACUCCAUUUGAAUCAGAGGAUAUUGUACCUGUUCGGAUAAACGGCAGAAUCAGCGGUCGUUUUUGGAAAAGAAGCGAGGAGCAGCCGAGAUUUACCCUCAGUGCAUUUGGCAAGGACAUGACUCUAAAUCUCAUCCCAGAUACAAGCUUCAUCUCGCCCUCCUUCACCAUACAGCGCAUCAAAGCCAGAGAUGUUGGCGCUUUACGCAGCGCUUCAGAUGUCCAACCUGUAGCGGAUCUCCAGAGUGUCAUGAACCAGACAGAGGAGAGUGAAGGGCAGCUUAGGAGCUGCUUUUACUCGGGGAACGUAGAUCAAGAUCAACACUCAGUUGUGUCUGUCAGCUUGUGCUCCGGCAUCUUUGGCUCCUUCAUAACGGAGGGGAAAGAAUACUUAAUUGAGCCCAAACUUCGUGGCGGUCUGGGGCCAGACUCUGCGGAGCAGCUGCAUGUCAUCAAAAGGAGGACAUUCACCAAAAGCAACGGUGUUCCCCUCCUGUUUGAUCACGCUGCGGUGGAGAGCCGAGCGGAGAAGCACAAUGAGGAAAGUUUUACGCACGGCGACAGUGACGCACGGAGGGAACCUCGCCGGAGACGCUUUGUUUCCGCGCCACGGUUCAUAGAGACCCUGGUGGUAGCAGACUCAACAAUGACCCACUUCUAUGGAGAUGAAAUAAAGCACUACAUUCUGACCCUGAUGUCGAUGGCCGCCCAGCUUUACAAGCACCCCAGCAUAAAGAACUCAGUGAACAUGGUGUUGGUGAAGAUGUUAGUGGUGGAGGAUGAGGAGGUCGGCCCUGAGGUCUCCAGCAAUGGAGGCGUGGCACUGAGAAACUUCUGCUCCUGGCAGCAGCUCUUCAACCCACCAAGCCAGAGGCAUCCAGAGCACUAUGACACUGCCAUGCUCUUUACCAGAGAGGACAUCUGCGGUCAGAAGAGCUGCGACACGUUGGGUGUGGCUGAUGUCGGGACAAUGUGCGAUCCCAAAAGAAGCUGCUCAGUAAUUGAGGAUAACGGCCUGCAAGCUGCCUUCACAGCUGCACACGAGCUCGGUCAUGUGUUGAGUAUGCCUCAUGACGACUCCAAGACCUGUGAGAGGCUGUUUGGAGAUCUAGGAGGACAUUACCUGAUGGCUCCACUGUUUGUCAGCCUCAACAAGACUUCGCCUUGGUCUCCCUGCAGCGCUCGCUACAUCACAGAGUUCUUUGACAACGGACAUGGGGACUGCCUGCUGGAUGUCCCUGAGAGUACCAUACCGUUACCAAGUGAGCUGCCAGGCACCAAGUACAGCCUGGACCAGCAGUGCCAGCAGAUUUUUGGAGAGGAGUUUGUCCACUGCCCCAACACCUCAGACAGUGAUAUUUGCAGCCAGCUGUGGUGUCAGGAGGACGGGACACCGCAGUGCUCCACCAAGAAUGGCAGCCUGCCCUGGGCUGACGGCACCCAAUGCGGCCUCAACGGGACCUGCCUCCAUGGAGCUUGCAUGCCGACCCAGGAGGUGAUGCAACCGCUGGUGGUUGUGGAUGGCGGCUGGAGCUUGUGGGGACCAUGGCAGCAGUGCUCCAGAACAUGCGGAGGUGGGGUGGAAUUCUCCUAUAGGGAGUGCACUGACCCCGUACCACAGAACGGAGGGAAGUACUGUGAGGGACAGAGGGUUCAGUACCAGUCUUGCAACACGCAGCCCUGUGACAACAAUGAAGGAAAGAGCUUCAGAGAGGAGCAGUGUGAGAAGCACAACAGCCCCAACUACCUGGACUACAACGGGAACAUGAAACAGUGGAUACCGAAGUACGCCGGUGUUUCUCCCAGAGACCGAUGUAAGCUGUUCUGCAGGGCCAGGGGCAGCAGUGAAUUCAAGGUGUUUGAAUCCAAGGUGACUGACGGGACAACCUGUGGCCCUGACACCACAUCUGUCUGUGUCAAAGGCCAGUGUGUGAAAGCAGGCUGCGACCAGGUCAUUGGAUCCAACAAGAGAGUGGAUAAGUGUGGAGUGUGUGGAGGAAGUGGGCUCACCUGUAGAAAGAUCACAGGCUCCUACAACAAAGCAACCUAUGGAUACAGUGACAUUGUCACGAUUCCUGUUGGCGCUACUAACAUUGACAUCAAGCAGCGGAGCCACAGAGGAAUCAAACAUGAUGGGAACUACCUGGCUAUAAAGAGAGAGAGUGGUGGUUACAUCCUCAAUGGGAACUUCUCUGUAUCCACGGUGGAGCAGGACAUCCCGGCGUUGGGUGCUGUGCUAAAGUACAGCGGCUCCUCCACCACGCUGGAGAGGAUCCAGAGCUUCAGGCAGCUGAAGGAGGCCAUCACCAUCCAACUCCUCGCCACAGCUGGGGACGCCAACCCUCCCAAGGUCAAAUAUACCUUUUUCAUCCCUAGAGAUGUGACCUUCAACAAAUCCAAGGAAAAGAAGGGUUCUUCAUCGUCUUUGCAUAUUAUCCAUCCAUUUGGCGUGACUGACUGGGUGCUGGGGGAGUGGUCUGAGUGCUCCAAGAGCUGUGGCUCCGGAUGGUCCAGGAGGAACGUUGAAUGCCGAGACAGCGCAGGCUUCCUCUCCAGCCAGUGCGACAAAGACCUGAAGCCAGUAGACAUCAGGCCUUGUGGGGAUCUGCCAUGCCCCAUAUGGCAGAUGGGACCGUGGUCCGCCUGCUCACGAACUUGUGGUCAGGGGGAGCGCCGUCGCAGCGUCUUCUGCAUAGACUACACUGGGAAGACUGUUGAGCCAGAGAAGUGCAAUCCAAGUAAAAUUCCAGAGCCAGUCUCCGGAGAAUGUCUCAACCAAGAGUGCUUAUGAGGAACAUGAGUACAGCGAACUUUCCCUUUAUGGUCGGACUGCACUUACCAACCAUGGAUGGAUUAUUGAAUGGGCACAGGGGCACAGAAGCCCAAGGGGUUUGGGGGAAGAGACACAAAAUGACCACAAAGAGACACAAAACGACCACAAAAAGACAUAAUGCAACAACAAAGAGACAUAAAACAAUCACAAAAAUGAGUGUUAAAAAAGACACACAAAACGACCACAAAGAGACACAAAUGACUACAAAGAGACACAAAACAACAAAGAGAAACAAAACGACCACAAAGAGACACAAAUGACUACAAAGAGACACAAAACAACAAAGAGAAACAAAACGACCACAAAGAGACAUAACAUGACUUCAGAGACACAACAAAAAAUAAACUCAAAACGACCACAAUCAGACACAAAAUGACUGUAAAGUAAAGUAAGUGUAAAGACAACUACAAACAUCUCGAGGUCGUUUUGUGUCUCUGUGACUCAAAAUGUGGUUCGACUGUGUGUGUCUGUGCCCUGGAGCCCAUUGUCUCAUAAUCCAUCCAUGUUACCAGCUGGUUGCAUCAAGUCCCAUUAAGGGCAUUUGCCUGAAUAUUGUUUUGUCAUCUUUUGUUGACAUUUGACAACCACUAUUGAGAAUUGAAACAAUGGAAAUCUACCUCAGGAUGUACAUGUAAUGCCAUGUAUAGAUGCUAGAUGAAGGUGCUGUGUGUGUGUUUUCUCCCGAAAGAGAAGUUUUCUAGUCCCACUUUGAAUAGAAACUAACUUUUUGACUGAAGUCUGAUAUAAUCUAUUUCAGUAUGUCUUUUUAAGUUAGCUGUCGCUUAUAUUGGGGCUAGAGCAAUGGCAUGAAACCUGCUGUCAAACACCAGCACAGUGUAAAUAUACCUCCAAUUAUCUUCCACAGAACUCAAACCCCUACAAAGUUUUGAUCGAGCCAUUUACCUAUUAUUGGGGUAUGUACAUACGAUUGAUGUAUUGGGAUUUUAAGUCUCUGGGAAGUGCGCUCCUGUUUGAUUGCUUCUCUUUUCUACACACAUACCAAAAUGUGACUUGUGUUAAAUGAUUGUGAUGAUGUCACGUUUUUAUCCUGAAACAUAGCAUGGUCGAACUAUGGGGAAACCAUUGAGUGACGUUAAAUCUGAUAUUAACUUGUACUAGUUAGAGCCUACAUCAGAACAGAUUGUUUCAAUGCCAAACUAGACGUGUAGAAUUGAUAGAAAUCUGAGUUUACACGGUGUGUAAAAAGAAUUAGUCUAGAUAAUGACUGGCCAGUCAUGACCGAAAAAACCCAUGACAGAGACUUUCCCUCUGCCCUAUAGUUUAGUUUUCUCCUUUUCCCAGGUGCAUUAUAAAGCCGUUGAGAGUAACAGUGGUACAAACAAUCUGCAAUGCAACAAAUGUUUCUUCGGAGGUGUUAUUACUAAGUUAAGUGAUAAGCAUACUAUCUAUCGUGUAUAUGAAAAAUAACAUUAAUUUUAUUCAUUUCCAGACUUUUAUUUGUUAAUGCAUCAUAUGCAAACACUCACAGUUGUUUUCAGUUUUCUUGUAUGUAUAUUUGAUUUCUUCAUUCCUGUUGUUAAUUUACAGUAUGUUAUAAAACAAAAGAGAUGAAGCAUUAGGCCUAUAUCCCUUCAGUGAAGGACCAUACUAUUUUAUUAUUACAGCUUCCUUUUUAAGCUAUUUAUUUUUGUAAAGUUUUUACCUUGGACGUGUAAUUAACAUGGCAGGUGCUGCUGUCUUUGAGAUUUUUGUCUAUAAAAAUGGUCAAAUAAACACAUUUAUGUCA